AUGCCCUCUGACCUUCAGCCGGAUCAGUAUAUAUAUCUGGGGGGGAUGAGGAGAAGGCCCCUGGCAGCCAAAAUGAAGUCUCUUGUGUCUGUGUGCUGUUUGCUGUCUCUGCUGGCUCUGUCUGCUGCAGAUCUCUUGGCAGAGUCCUCCAUCCAUGAUGAGGAGCCUUUGGUGCGCCUGCAGCUCCAGCAGCCAGAGGGAGACCUCUUCUCCUGUGGAUGUGACACAACAGAGGAGAACACGAGCCAGAGCUCCUCCAACGACACCCCGGCCCCAGAGAGGGCCAUGUGUCAGCCCUGCACACCCCCGUCAGCUUUAGGUGCUGCCACUGAAGAGCCAGCAUUGCGUUCAGAGCAUGAAGAGGAGGUGGAGGAGGAAGCAGUUGCUGCUGAAGAGGAUGCUCCCACUGUUGAGGUGACAAGUGAAGAAGAACAGGAAGAGGCAGACUCCCAGGAGAAGGAUGUAGAAGGAGAGGAGAUUUCUGAUGAAGUAGCUGAUGCAGAGCCUGUGGAGGAGGGUCAAAGUGUAGAGGAGGAAGAAGUAGCUGAGGAGGUUGCAUCAUCUGAAAAGGAGGAGAAGGGAGAUGACACAGAAGAGGAAGAGCCUGCUGUUGAGGAGGACGCUAACAUUGCUGAAGAUGUAGAGGAGGAAGAGGCUGCAGUGGUCAAAACAGAAUUAGAAGCAGAACCAGCAGAGGUUCCUGAAACUGAGUCUGAACCUGUGGAGGCAGAGGUCGCUGCAGAACCUGAGGCUGAACCAGAGGUGGCUGCAGAGCCUGAAGCAGAACCUGAGGCUGAACCAGAGGUGGCUGUAGAGCCUGAAGCAGAACCUGAGGCUGAACCAGAGGUGGCUGUAGAGCCUGAAGCAGAACCUGAGGCUGAACAAGAGGUGGCUGUAGAGCCUGAAGCAGAACCUGAGGCUGAACAAGAGGUGGCUGUAGAGCCUGAAGCAGAACCUGAAGCUGAACAAGAGGUGGCUGCAGAGCUUGAAGCAGAACCUGAGGCUGAACCAGAGGUGGCUGCAGAGCAUGAAGCAGUACCUGAGGCUGAACCAGAGGUGAUUUCAGAACCUGAAGCAGAACCUGAGGCUGAACCAGAGGUGAUUUCAGAACCUGAAGCAGAACCUGAGGCUGAACCAGAGGUGGCUGCAGAACCAGAGCUGGCUGCAGAGCCUGAGUUAGAAGAGGUUGCAGAACUAGAAUCAGUCAUUUCAGAGGCAGAGGUGAUUCCAGAGGCUGAGAUAAAGGCAGACACAUCAGAGUCUGUUGAGGAGGUGGCUGUGGAAGACGUACCCAUGGAAAAAACAGUGGAGGAGGCUCCUGUGGUGGAAGAGACACCUGUUGAUGUUGAGGAAGCGACAGUGGAGGAGGUGGCAGCAGAGGAGCCUGAACAGUCCAAAGGCAUGCCAAGCCCCCUGAAUAUGACACUGAGUGUAGCUAAAGGGGAAUUAGCAACAACCUCUGGUGGCGAUGAGGCAAAAGGCCAGACACUGAGAGACCGCUCCCACAUUGAGGACACACUGAGACUGGGUGUUGCUGAACCCUCAGAAGAGUACUCAGCUGCAAUGAAGAAGCUGUUGAACAUCUACCACAAGGCCAUCAAGCCAGUGGAGCAAGCCUACAAGUACAAUGAGCUCAGGCAGCAUGAAGUCACAGAUGGGGAGGUCACCUCUAAACCAAUGGUUUUGUUCCUUGGACCAUGGAGUGUCGGCAAGUCCUCCAUGAUCAACUACCUGCUGGGUCUUCACGGCACCUCGCAAGAACUCUACACAGGUGCUGAACCAACCACCUCUGAGUACACCGUCAUAAUGCAUGGCGAGAAGUUUCGGUCCAUAGAAGGCAUUGUUAUGGCGGCUGACAGCUCACGGUCCUUGUCCCCGCUGGAGAAGUUUGGCCAAGGCUUUUUGGAGCGGCUGGUGGGCAUCGAGAUGCCCCACAAGCUGCUGGAGAGGGUCACCUUUGUGGAUACACCUGGUGUCAUCGAGAACCGCAAGCAGCAGGAGAGAGGUUACCCCUACAGCGAGGUGUGCCAGUGGUUCAUCGAUCGGGCCGAUCUGAUCUUCCUGGUGUUCGACCCCACCAAACUGGACGUGGGUGGAGAGCUGGAGAUGCUCUUCAGGCAGAUGAAGGGCCGUGAGUCCCAGAUCCGCCUCAUCCUCAACAAGGCUGAUAGUCUCUCUACCCAGAACCUGAUGAGGGUCUAUGGAGCCCUGUUCUGGAGCAUGGCACCCCUGAUCAAUGUCACAGAGCCUCCUCGCGUCUAUGUCAGCUCCUUCUGGCCUCAGGACUACACUGCAGACACCAGUCGACAACUCUUCAUGAAGGAGGAGACCUCUCUGCUGGAGGACCUCAACAUGGUGAUCGAGAACCAGAUAGAGAACAAGAUUGCUUUCAUCCGCCAGCAUGGUAUCCGUGUGCGCAUCCAUGCCCUCCUUGUGGACCGCUACCUCCAGACCUACUAUGACAAGCUGGGCUGGUUUAGCGACCCCUACGAAGUGUUCCACGACAUUGUCACUGAUCCGGACAAAUACUACAUCUUCAAAUCCAUUCUGGCCAAGACCAACGUCAGCAAGUUCGAUCUGCCUGACAAGGAGGCUUACCAGGACUUCUUCGGAGUGAACCCAGUGUCCAGCUUCAAGCAGCUCUCCUACCACUGCAGCUGGUCUGGUGGCUGCCUGCUAGACAGGAUAGAGAAGGCCAUCUCACAUGAGCUGCCAGCUCUGCUCAGCAGCGUCAGCAAGGCCGUGGACACACCUGCCCCUGCGAAGGCCGCCCCUACACCUCCACCCCCACUCCCUGGCACCUGCGAGGGUCCUGGGUGUGAGGAAAAACCCAAAAACCGCUGGAGGAAGCAGUGAGCUGGAGGAGGAGGCAGUGAGAUGGAGGGGAAUGGUGCAGGAGGAAGAACAGAGGAGGCAGAUGGCGGCGACGGCAGCAGCAGCAGCCAGAGGCGUUCCUGAAAUAAUCCCCACUGCUGUUAUUCUCAGGACUGUGAUAUGGGGGAACUGAGAGAUAAAGAGAAUAGAAAAUGCUCAAAGAUGUACCAAGCAGACCUGGGUCCGAUUGUACUUAAAAAAUACUAUCCAACGGAACCAAUACUAUUCAUAGUGCCUGUUUUUUUCUGCAUGAAAUACACAAUGAAAAUAAUUUACUCCAUCAGAAUAGUUCAAAUAGUCUUAGAAUAAAGUUGUAAAACACUGAAAUAUUGAUUUUCAAUUGAUUUUCAGAUAAUAAAUUAAUCUAAAACAAUUUAUUACUACACAUGGUCCUGAAUGACACCCUCGGUAUCUGGUACUUAAGUCUUUAAAAAAAUAACAAUAAAAAUGAGUUGCAUAUUUGACUGCAGUUUGCUAGAAAGUGUAAAUAAAAAGUUGCAUUGCUGUCUGACUAAACUUGCUAUGAGUCUGCAGCAGAAAAUAUAUCCAAAAGAUGGAAAUUAGAAUAAAAAAGGACCUCUCUUUUCUACAUAAUCUCUUAUGAUAAGUGAAUGAAAUCAGAGCACAGUUGUUUUUCUUGUUUCUCCCAGUUUUCAAGUUUGUACAUUAUUUAUUCACAUCUUCAGAGAAAGAUGCUGGCAGUGACUCCUCUUCCAGAGAAACUACAUGCAUGCCACUCUUAUGUCUGAUUCAGUCAAAUCUGCUGUGCUGUGUUUUUACUCUCUAUCCACCUAAUCGCCAUGUUAAUAUCCUCAAAAUCAGUGCAGGACAGAAUGGUGCUCUUGUGUUUAUUUUAGCAGUAGUUCAAACACAUUCAGCCAAUGUGUCACUACACUGUACUGUAAUUUUUCUUUGUAUUGUUCUAUACUCUUUUCAUCAUUGAAACAAGUCAUAUUUUGCCAUAUCAGUGCUGUGCUGGGGCUGAAUUGACUGAGUACAAUCUCCAUCAUUUAAUUGGAGAUUUCUAUCCAAGUAAACUUAAUGCCGGUGUGGCCUUUUCAGCCCUCUGAACUAUUGCUAGUUUUACCUCGACCUGGCUGCAUGCCACAUAGGGUAUUUUCUUUAAAAAUGUAAUCUUCUGUGUUCUUUUGGGUCUGUUUGUAAUUGUUCCUCUUUUGUGUGAUUUCUUUCGAGUAAACCGCGAAAACGUU